UAUAUAGGUUUUUUUGGAUUUCGUUUUGUCUUUUCUUUCUUUCUUUUCCUCCUUACCUUUCUCCUCUCUCUCGCUCGAUUUCAAUUUGGGCGAGAAAGGAGUGGUGGUCUUUUGUCUUUCCAGGGUUUAUCACCAAAGAUCCAUCUUUUUGCUAAAGCUUGUGUCUUUUUUUGUCUUUGUUAACUUUCUAGGGUGUCUAGAUCUCUUAUUCUAAAGUCAUCUGCAAAAAUGGUUGAGGCUCGUUCGAUGUACUGAAGUUAGGGUUUUUCUUAUUUUUUCGUUCAGAAGCGAAUCUGGUUAUGCUUAGAGAACAAAGUGCGGGACUUUGACUUACUUAGAGCUGGGUUUCUUAUAUAGUGAAGGGUUUGUGCCAAUAGUUAGAUAUGAUCAAACAGAUAUUUGGGAAAUUGCCUAGAAAGCCUUUAAAGUCUUUGCAAAAUGACUCUACUGGUGAAGGAGGGGUUAACUCUCAUUAUGCUCCCAAUUCUAGUAGUACUAGUACUAGUACUAGUUCUGUCUCAAAACCUUCUUCAAAAUCGUCAGCUUCGGGUUCACGUGUAGCUAAUGGGACUCUUGCUCCUAACUCAUUGAGCUCUAACAUGACUAAUCAAGGGAAGAAUGCUGUUGUACAAGCUGGGCCGUUUCCUUCUUCUGGUGGGGUAUAUGAUGCUUUGCCUAGCUUUAGGGAUGUUCCUAUCUCGGAGAAACCGAAUCUCUUUAUCCGGAAGUUGAGUAUGUGCUGUGUUCUCUUUGAUUUUACUGACCCUUCAAAGAACCUUAAAGAGAAAGAGAUUAAAAGGCAGACAUUGCUUGAGCUCGUUGACUAUGUUGCAGCGGUUGGUGUGAAGUUUAAUGAUGUCGCGAUGCAAGAGCUCACAAAGAUGGUAGCGGCUAAUCUGUUUAGAACUUUUCCUUCUGCGAAUCACGAGAGUAAAAUUCUUGAAAUGCAUGAUAUGGAUGACGAGGAACCUUCGCUGGAACCAGCUUGGCCUCAUAUUCAAGUUGUGUAUGAGAUUUUGCUCAGAUUUGUGGCUUCUCCCAUGACUGACGCAAAGCUUGCAAAGAGAUAUGUUGACCAUUCCUUUGUCUUGAAGCUGUUAGACUUGUUUGAUUCUGAAGAUCAAAGAGAGAGGGAAUAUUUAAAAACCAUUCUGCAUCGGGUGUAUGGGAAGUUCAUGGUGCAUCGACCCUAUAUCAGAAAAGCUAUUAACAAUAUCUUCUACAGAUUCAUAUCCGAGACUGAAAAGCAUAAUGGCAUCGCAGAGUUGCUAGAGAUUCUUGGAAGUAUAAUCAAUGGGUUUGCUUUGCCUUUAAAAGAAGAGCACAAGCUCUUCCUUUUGCGAGCCUUGAUUCCUCUCCACAAGCCUAAAAGUUCAUCGGUCUAUCACCAACAGCUUUCUUAUUGCAUAGUUCAGUUUGUAGAGAAGGACUUCAAGCUCGCUGAUACCGUUAUUAGAGGCCUUUUAAAAUAUUGGCCUGUGACUAACAGCUCAAAGGAAGUUAUGUUUCUUGGAGAAUUAGAAGAAAUCUUGGAAGCAACUCAAGCUGCUGAGUUUCAGCGGUGUAUGGUUCCUUUAUUCCGACAAAUUGCUCGAUGUCUCAACAGUUCACAUUUUCAGGUUGCUGAAAGGGCAUUGUUUCUAUGGAACAACGAUCACAUAAGAACCCUUAUCACCCAGAACCAUAAAGUGAUAAUGCCAAUAGUCUUCCCAGCUCUAGAGAGAAACACACGUGGACACUGGAACCAAGCAGUUCAGAGUCUGACUAUAAACGUGAGGAAAGUAUUCUGCGACAUUGACCAAGUUCUCUUCGACGAGUGUUUAGCCAAAUUCCAAGUGGCAGAAGAUAAUAAAGCAGAGGUUACCGCGAAACGGGCAAGAACAUGGCAGUGGUUAGAAGAUUUAACGACUUCAAAUACCAUUGAAACCAACGCGGCAGUACUGGUGCCAAGAUUUGAAUCCUCAGUCAAUCUUGCAAGCAGCUCCACAGGGUAGUAGAAUCUCAAUCUGGUAGGUAAAGAAGAACAGCUGCAGUGCUUAUACAUCAAAGAAUAACAAUAGAGAUUGGGGGAGUUUGAGUUGUUGGAGAAAUCUGAUGGAUCAAACUAGAGGGGUGUGAAGUAUCUCAUUCUCAUCAGUGAUUACUUACUUAUUUAACAUAUUUUCUUUGGGGUUUACUUCUUCUUCUUCUUUAAGGUCUUCAAAGAGGAAUGGGCUUAUAUGUACUGUAACAAAUAUUGUGGUCUAAGACUAUAGGGAUGGUUCAUCACUCAUAAGAGACGACUAUAUAAUUAUUUUUAAAUUGAACUUUUCAGAAUUUAUUUGAUGUAUAUUUUUUAA